UCACGUCUGUUUUUCACGUCUGUUCUUCAUGUCUGUUCUUCUCAUCUGGAAUAUGAUUGGUUCUGAUGGCAUCAGAGCGAUGAGGCGUCUGGAGGCUGCACGUGCUCAGCGAGAUGUUGCUGAGGCGACCAGAGCGAUCCGGCAACAGGAACUGCACAAGAACCUGAGAAAUCUGAACAACUUCUGCAGUCAGAUCGGUGAUGAUCGGCCAAUCAGCUUCUGCCACUUCAGCCCAGACUCCAAGAUGCUCGCCACUGGCUCCUGGAGCGGCCUGUGGACUGUGGGCUGUCCCAGACUGCAACCUGAUUCGUACACUCAAGAACUUCUGUCUGUGCCUGUCUGUAGUUAUGAUAACUCGUGGCGUCUGUGGGAUCUGGAGGUUCAGGAGGAAAUCCUCCAUCAGGAAGGUCACAGUAAAGGAGUCCAUGACCUUCACUUCCACCCCGAUGGAUCACUGGCUGCUACUGGAGGUCUGGAUGCGUUUGGCAGAGUGUGGGAUCUUCGGACGGGACGCUGCGUUGUUUUCCUCGAAGGUCACCUGAAGGAGAUCUACAGCCUGAACUUCUCCCCCAACGGGUAUCACCUGGCAACAGGAAGUGGUGACAACACCUGUAAGGUGUGGGAGCUGAGGAACAGGAAGUGUCUGUACACAGUCCCCGCCCACCAGAACCUGCUGUCUGCUGUCCGCUUCCAACCCACUGACGGUCACUUCCUGUUGACUGGUGCGUACGACAACACAGCGAAGAUUUGGAGUCACCCCGGUUGGACGCCGCUAAAGACACUUGCUGGACACGAGGGGAAGGUGAUGGGCGUCGACGUGUCACCUGAUGGGAAACUGAUCGCCACCAGCUCUUACGACCGGACCUUCAAACUCUGGCUGUCAGAGUGAUGUCAUGAUUAUGUCAUGUUUUUGUUUUCUGGCAUUUUUUUUUUUUUUUUUUUUAAUAAAAUGAUUAAAAUC